AAAGGCAGGAUAACUUUUUUCCUGUUUUCUAAUUUAUUCUGUUCCUUGGACGCUCAAUACUGAACUAGCAAUGGGUUCGUAUCCAUAAAAAGAGUCAGAGAGAAGGUUCAUGUGCUAAUAGCUGGUGAUUUGUACUAGAAAUUGGAAAAUCUAUCUCACCUUGAGCUUGAAAGGAGAUAAAAAGGAGAAUCAAACUAUAUAUUAAGGAAGAAAUUCCUAUUACUGAGAACAAGUGUUUGAAGUCUCUUACAAGAUGGCUUAUUGGAAGGAUGAUCAACCAGUUGUUAUCUACAACGGAACUGGACGGUGCAUGGCCGGCUUUGCUGGGGAUGAUUCUCCAAGGGCUGUUUUUGAAACUCUAGUUGGUCGUCUUCGUCACAGUGGCGUCAUGGUUGGAAUGGGACAAAAAGAUGCCUAUGCUGGUGAUGAAGCUUGGUCUAAAAGAGGUAUGCUGACUCUAAAAUAUCCGAUUGAAUGUGGUAUCGUAAACAACUGGGGUGAUAUGGAGCAAAUCUGGCACCAUACAUUUUACAAUGAGCUCCGUGUUGCUCCUGAGGAGCAUCCCGUUCUUCUGACUGAGGCACCAUGUAACCCUAAGGCUAACCGAGAGAAAAUGACUCAAAUCAUGUUUGAGACAUUCUAUGUGCCAGCUCUGUAUGUCGCAAUCCAGGCUGUUCUUUCUCUAUAUGCUAGAGGUCGUCUUACUGGUAUUGUGCUUAACUCUGGUACUAGUGUAAGCCAAACUGUCCCAAUCUAUGAGGGGCAUGCACUUCCGCAUGCUAUCUCACGAUUAAAUCUUGGUGGCCGUCAUCUUACAGAUUAUCUCGUGAAGAUUCUCGCGGAGAGUGCUUUUCCAUUUAGCUCAUAUAUGAAGGAGAGGACUGCUUAUGAUAUGAAGAAGACGAUUGCUUAUGUUGCAGUGGAUUUUGAACAGGAGAUUGAAAAGGCAAAAAAUUGCUCAAAAUCAGUUGAGAAGGGCUAUGAGCUUCCUGAUAGACAAGUCAUUAAUAUUGGUGCAGCGAGAUUCUGUUGCCCUGAAGUCCUCUUCCAACCAUCAUUGGUUGGAAUGGAAGCGAAAGGCAUUCAUGAAAAAAUCUACAAUUCAAUCAUGAGAUUCGAUAUUGAUAUUAGGAAAGAUUUAUUUUCAAACAUUGUGCUUAGUGGUGGUUCAACUAUGUUUCCUGGUAUAGCAGAACGUAUGAGCAAGGAAAUAACUGCUCUUGCUCCAAGCAGCAUGAAGACAAAUGUGAUUGCACCACCUGAGAGGAUGUACAGCGCUUGGAUAGGAGGAUCAGUUCUAGCUUCUAUCAGUUCUUUCAAAAAUUGGUUGAUAACGAAGGGCGAGUAUGAUGAAUUUGGUCCGUCAAUUCUCCACAAGAAGUGUUUCUAAGCUUGGUGAUCUAUGUGAAUGAAUGCCAAUAUAGUUUGAAAGUUCAACAGGCAGAAGAAGCAUUUUGGUCCUAUCAUAUUUUGGCAAGAAAAAUGAGUUGAUUGCAGACAAGCUUUGUUUUAGAGAAAGGCAACACAACACAAUUAGUUAUUAAUUAACUGCAAUAUUACUGUACAAAUAGCUAACAAAAAGCAAGCUCUCUUUCCAGUUGCGUAAGGCAUGGAUUUUUGUUUCAUUACUUUUUUCCUUUUUCUCUGUUUAAACCUAAUUUAAGUUCUUGAUACUUAUUACGAUAAGUUAUUUAUU